ACAAACCAGACAAGUCAAAUUGUACUAAAUAUCAUAUUAACUAUACUUCUGGGUUGCACUAUGUGGACGCCGAAUUAAAGACUGGUUCAUACUGAUUCAAACGAGGUCUUGUGUUUUAACGCAUGUGACUUGUGAAGGGGAAAUAAACGCGGAAACUAAGAGUUGAGAGAUUGAUUAAUGGAGUUCCGUAUGGGGCUGUAGCGUCACGACAAUGACACGUACCGUUGUUCACUAGCUGCAGGAGGAGGCAGAGUGUGUACAGUAGCUUAUAUCAACAAUACAAGCUAAUGUCAACUCAUGGGGUUAGUUGGACCUGUCAAACUCAGCCAAACAACCAUCUGCAGUCCGCUAUAGGAGGAGGUGCAGGUUCAGUUCGGAGAUGACCUCCCUGCACUAGCUGUCUUCUCUCUGGGUCUUCUCUGAUCCUGGCAGCCCCUGCAUGGCGUGCCCUGUCCAGUUCCUUUGCCGGGGGCUUCGCACGGUUGGAUUGGUUCUCCUUUACUAUGUCUUCUCUAUAGGCAUCACCUUCUAUAACAAAUGGCUGAUGAAGGUUUUCCACUAUCCCCUCUUCAUGACGUUAGUUCACCUCACCAUCAUCUUCUGCCUGUCGGCCCUGACGCGACGGGCCAUGCAGUUCUGGACAGGGAAACCCCGCAUCGUUCUGAGCUGGACAGAUUACAUCUAUAAAGUGGCUCCCACAGCUUUGGCAACAGUCCUGGAUAUUGGACUUUCCAACUGGAGCUUCCUCUUCAUCACCAUUAGCUUGUACACCAUGACCAAGUCUUCAGCAGUGCUCUUCAUCCUCUUUUUCUCCCUGGUCUUUAAACUAGAGGAGCCGAACCCAUUCCUGAUCCUGGUGGUCCUGCUGAUCUCCAGCGGUCUCUUUAUGUUUACAUUUGAGUCAACCCAGUUCAACCUCGAGGGCUUCAUCAUGGUGCUGCUGGCGGCCUUCAUAGGCGGAAUCCGCUGGACCCUCACGCAGGUCCUCAUGCAGAAAGCAGAGCUGGGUCUUCAGAACCCAAUAGACGCCAUGUACCACCUACAACCUCUCAUGUUCCUCGGCCUCUUUCCCCUCUUCCUGUAUAAUGAAGGGCUGAGCCUCAGUGCCUCUGAACAGUUAUUCCGGGUGACGAAUCUCUCUCCUCUCCUGUAUUCGCUCGCCACACUGAGUAUUGGCGGCUUACUGGCCUUUGGUUUAGGCUUCUCAGAGUUCCUGCUAGUCUCCCGGACCUCCAGCCUCACGUUAUCCAUAUCAGGGAUCUUUAAGGAGGUGUGUAUUCUGCUUUUGGCAGCAGCUGUAAUGGGAGACAAAAUGAGCAUGCUGAAUUGGCUGGGAUUCGUCAUGGUUCUGUGUGGCAUUUCAUUGCAUGUGGGACUCAAGACAUAUUAUUCCAAAAAUAAGGGACCGUCUCUAAGGCAGCUCAACAGUAAGAGCCCAGAGCUGGAGAUGCCAUUGCUGCGGCAGAACGGAGACGAAAGAGACGAGUCUGCUGCUGAAUACAACGACGAAGAUGAGGAACAAGAAAUCACUCUGCACUGA